GGAUGGCUGUGAAGAGGUCGCCGUAUCUCGUGCGGGGCUUUGUGUGUUUCUCCCUUACUAUCUGCGUUGUGAUGAUCUUUAUCGGCAUUAACAUACUGAGCCUCAAUGACUAUGAUAUGCUGGUGAUGGAUGAACAUCCGUACAAGGGUGUCCAUGAUGAGAAUCGAGCCAAUGAGGCCAUACAAGAGGACAUUAAGGUGCCAGUCAUCAUCUGGUGGACGCCAUUCACAGGAGAAAAGGGGAGAGUCAAACGCUGUGGGGAUUUGGACUGCUUCUUUACUGUAGAUCGCCACUAUCGGCAUCACCCUAAAACCAAGGCUUUUCUAUUUUAUGGGACUGAUUUCAAUGGACUUGAUCUACCAUUGCCAAGAAAAGUUGGGGAAGAAUGGGCACUGUUACACGAGGAAUCUCCAAAGAACUUGUAUCUGUUGUCUCACAAGGAAGUCAUCACACUGUUCAACCACACAGCCACGUUUAGGCGGGAGUCUGACCUGCCAAUAACAACGCAGUAUCUGCCCAGUAUUGAGUGGCUGGAGGACAAGAGCUACUUGGUGCCAACCAGUCAAAAGACAGAGUACCAAAGGACGGAGGGACUUGCGCCAUUUAUUUACACCCACAGUGACUGCGAUCCUCCAUCUGACAGAGACACCUUUGUGAAGAUGCUGAUGAAACACAUGAAAGUUGACUCCUACGGAAAGUGUAUACACAACAGGGACUUGCCAGAAUUUUUGCAAGAUCCCCUUGAAGGAAUGGAACAUCAUGAAUUCUACAAACUGCAAGCCAAGUAUAAGUUUUCCCUCUCCUUUGAAAAUGGCAUCUGCAAUGACUAUAUCACAGAGAAGGUUUGGAGGCCGUUGAUGGUAGGGUCUGUACCUAUCAUAAUGGGAUCGCCCACGGCUCAGGACUUCCUUCCGGACAAGCACUCAGCCAUAUUUCUUCAGGACUUUGACACGUUGGAUGAGUUUGUAAAGUUCAUGAAGCGCCUGAAUGAGGAUAAUGAUGAGUAUGAGAAGUACUUACAGUGGAAGAAGACAGGUGUAACCAACAAGUACCUGCUGGAUGUGAUGAAGAAGAGAGAGUGGGGCAUCAAUAACGAUUUCAGCAAACCCAACUUCAUUGACUGCCUCGAGUGCCUGGUCUGCAAGCGCAUACAUGAGAAUGAGGCCCUGAAGACUGCUGGGAAACCCCAGAAAGUCCACCAAGCUGACCAAUCCCAUUACGGGUGUCCACGACCCAAGCUGUAUGAUUCCUCAGGCAGACAGGUGUUUGACGAAGCAUGGGGGUCAUUCUGGGACUCUGCGGGUCAGCUGGGGAAAGCCUUAGGGUACUUUGUGAAGAAUAAUAUAACCUUUGACAAAGAAAAACUCUAUGACAAGGCGUAUUCCUUGAAAGGGUAUAAAGACGCCAGAGAUCUGGUUUGAUCCUAGGAAAUCAUAUGGUCGACAUUUAGAUUGUUUUCUCUACUGUGUUCAUUGUUAAAAAAGAUUAAUAUUUUUAUCACAUGCUCAAGUCUAAAUGUAUAUUUUUAUACACAAUUUUUCUGUGUUGGUUUUGUGCUUGUUAUGAUUUUUGAUACAUGCUAUUUUCAUUUCUUGUAAACACAUCUACAUUUGCAUGUAUGUAUUAAGGUGAAUUUGUGUGUAUAAAUGUGAUAUGCCCAGGGCCCUGUUACAUAAAGCAAUCAUAUGAUAAGUUGAUUGUAAUUGUUAUGGCAAACAUGUUGUCUUGAUACUUACAAUCAAAAUGCACGUAUUUAUUUGAUUUAUUUUAUACAUGGCAUUUCGUUUUGUGGGCAUGAUGAGUGGAGGAAAUGCCUACAUUUGGCAUGUUACUGCCAAACUGCUCUAUGUGCACAUCAUGUUAGUGGAAGAUGAGUACUAGACUAUGCAAAGAGUGAGAGCAUGUAGAUUAUGCAAAUGCAAUCCUGGAAAACUUACAUGUAGCCAAUGAUUGAAUUGUGGAACAGAGCCCUGAAGCUUACAGUACAUCUAGACAUUCCUAGUUUCUUCUUUCUUUCACAUACAUGUAGUGUUUUUAAGGUGACUCAUUUUAGAAUAUGUUCUAAAAUUCAAAAUGACAAAAUCAAAAUGUUUUAAAGUUUUUAAUUUUAAUUUUGAAUGUGUGAAUGUUUUUAUUAGGUACUUGUACAUGUAACAUUGCAAUACACUAGGCCUACUCUGCAAAGUAAUACUUGAUUUAAUAAUUAAGUGCUAAUUCUCUGAUUUUUUAUGCAAAGAUUUGAAAUUUACAAAUAUCAGUACUAGACUUUCAAGUGUCUUAUGUGCUACAUUUAUACCCCAGAUUGUGCAGUGUUAUAAGAAAUAUUAUCUAUUGUUUUUAUUUCCCAGUUGUACAGCUUUGUAAGAUUUUGUAUGGACAUGUUUGUGGUUGUGACAUUUAACAAGUCAUGUAUUGACUGGACACAAAUUGCAAUGAUAUUAAAGGUGCCAGAAAUCCUCAGUGUUGUCAUGGCAGCUACUGCCUCAAAGUUAGUGCUGCACAUACAUGUAUGUAAUUAUAGAACUUCAGUGGCAUUAUUGUUAUGUUCGUGUGUAUUGUCUGUAUUUUGAUGGUUUGUAUUUGAUACGCGAGUCAUGCAUAAUCUGAUAAUAGGGGAGUUUCGAGUUGGAACUCUUUUGUCAUCAAAGGUAAAAACAGCCCUACUAUGUCAUGUGAAUGGUGAAAAAUGUUAGGCAACCUUUGUUGACAUUAACUUACUGAUCAUCUGUCUCACCCAUUUCCAGAGGCAGGAAUAAUACCUCUUUCCCUUAUUAACAUUUAAAGGUCACAGACAUGCAGGUGCUCAAUCGUUCUAUCAUUCUUCCAGUCAAAUUUAUUUUGUAUGAUUUGUAUGAUACUUUUUUCAGAAGCCCAUGUUAUAGUGAAUGUGAUCAAAAAUAGUUGCCUAACAUUUUUGACAGGUCACACGAUGCAGUUGCACUUUUCGACCUUCAACGAUUACAGAGUUUGAACAGAAAACUCCCGUAUUGGUUUCAGUUAUGACAUUUUUUGCAAAUACUGCAGAAUGUUUGUCAUGUAGCAUGGAAUUCAUUCUUGACUUCCUUAUUGUUUAGAAGGAUAUGGUUGGGCUCUAUUAUUGCUGUUCCUUCAGAUGUAGCAUCUUCUGUGUCUUGUAGUUUGGAUUGUUGUGUGUCAGAUUGUAAAUAUUGAUAUUUAUCUCAAAUAAUGUUUGUAAGGUAUACCUGUACAGUGAUGUUGAUGUUAUAAGAUAUAUUAUUAACUUUCCUCAAACAGAAACUAUGUGAUAAAAGAACUCAUGGGUAAUGUACAUUUAUUUUACAAGAAAACUGACAUUAGGACAUAAUGCACCAAAAAACAUUAUGCCAUUAUUUUGAUGUUUGUAAACUUAAACUGUAAUCUGCUACAUUGAAACAAUUGUAUUUCAGAGUGAGUUUUUAAUGCAGGUCAGUUUGCAGGAAAUGCUCUACAGCUACAAUUUCAGUCACAUCUUUCGCUACACAGGCCUGGUGGUUGAUUAUCUAUGGUAAGACAUUCAGGGUUUUGAAAGCUGUUCAAUUGAAAUGUGACGGAAUAAAUUAAACUGGGAUUAUUUUCCAACACUCUAAUUUAAGCCAUUCUCAUCUAGCUUGGUGCCAUGGUUGGUAGGUAGAUAGAGUAAUGAGUUGUCACCCUAUUUUGUGAGUUCAACAUUUACUUGCUAAGGUUUUGACUAGCAUUGAUCUAAUUCUAUUUUGGAAAUUAUAUUAAUUUACUGAACAUGUUACUGAUAGCUUCCAAAUCUUUAAUUGUUAAAACUAAGGAAGCACAUCUUAAGUUACCCAAUUAAACUUAAGUAUGGGCGCCAGAAAAUAAGAGGGACUUUUUGUUGGUGGAAAAGGAUAACAUAAUUUUAUCUCUGUUAUAGGCCCAUCAUCUUGUUGUGUUGUGGAUGAUAAGUCAGUUUCCACAGGCAUUAAAAUGUUACAAACUUCUACAUUUAAUAACACCGGUAAUACAAGUAUUUUUGUUGCAUAGUUUAGCUCUGUGUUUAAAAUUGGUUAACAAAUUUCUUGCCUUGUUUUUGUGCAAUGUAUAUGACUUGUGUUAUGUUAAGUCAUAUUUUUGGAUGUAAUGCAGAUAAUAUGGGUGUAGUGUUUUCCAAUCCUAAUGUGCAGUACUUGCAGGCAACAGUGUGCCAGUCAGUAUUCGGUUUGAGGUGCUUGUGUUUCUAUGCAAACAGUAGGCCUACAAUAUUGUAGACACUUUUGUACAGGAGUUUUCAUUGAGACUUGUGUCAGGUAAUGUUGAUAUUAAUGUUGACAUGUAUAGAUUUAUUCUCAUGUUCUGUACAGGCCUUUCAUGUUGUCUUGCCCAGAUCGUUAUGGCAAUUGCUCACAAAGUUCUUGACCUGUAAGAUCGCAUGUUCAAAUCUGACACUGCUUUGUGUCUGGCUCUUAGUUAAAUUGAAGUUUCCUCCACACAUACACGUAAACCUGACUACUGCCGUUUAACUGAGAAAAGGCAGGAGUAUAGCAUUAAAUCCAAGUACUCAUGCCAAUUCAAUAACUAAAUUUCAUGUUCUCGACACUCAACCCACUGAUACACAGUAGGCUAUAACAAGGAAAAAUGUGGCAAACAAAAUCAACUAAACCUGGACAGAUUGUCAGAAAAUUAAGUCAUAAAGCAUAGCAAAUAAAAAUCAGUUCUAUUCAUACUCCAAAGUCUCCUGACUGUAGUCGUGACCAGCUCAAGUUUAUGUUCACAAUGUUGGUUUGUGCAAUUUUAUUUUGAGAUGGACUGUACACGUAAUGAUCAGAGGAGCAUAUUGGGAGUCACUGCAGGUGAUGUCCUGCAUGCACCAAACGUGUUGUGUGAUAUACGCAAGAUAGACUACUAUAGAAAUAAAACAAGGAAAUAUUUAUUACAUUUACAGUAUGCUAAUACUUGAUGGACUAUAUUUGGCUCUGGGUUGGCAAUGUACAUGUAUAUUUCAACUGUUUGUUAUGAUUUGUAUUUUGAUUUUACAAAAAUUUGACGGGAUUUUUUCUCCAUAAUAAAGAACUGUAUUUGUUGUGUGAGUGUAGGCUUGCGUACUGUUUCCAGCCUGGCACACCUGCAGGAACAACUGUUGGAUAAACACCUGCAUCUAGUCCAUAUCCACUGUUUUCUUCCAGUUUCGAGAUGUGCUGAUUGGAUUUGAUUGGUGUUUUACGCCAUUCUCGAGAAUAUUUCAC